AUGCCUGGCAGAAUUGGAACUCCGGAGGAAUGGCGUGCUGCCCGUUCUACUCUUUUGGCAAAGGAGAUAGAGCACGCCCGUACCGCUGAAGCUAUCAAGGCUGAGCUACGUGCCCUUCCUAUGGUCCCUGUAGCGAAGACCUACAUCUUUCAAAGCCCCGAUGGCCCUACCACGCUCAGGGAGCUUUUCGGUACGAAAUCCCAGCUAAUUGUUUACCACUACAUGUUCGAGCCUACGGCCGAGGAGGGCUGUCACGGUUGCGCAUUCAUGGCAGCCAACUUUCCCGACCUGCGCCACCUCGCCGACAAGGACACGGCCCUAAUUGCUGUCUCGCGCGCACCGAUUGAGAAGAUCACGCGUUUCAAGGAUAAGAACUUCUGGAAGUUCCCGUGGGUCAGCAGCAACGGCAGUGAUUUCAACUACGACUUCCACGUCACGCUUGACGAGAAGGUUGCGCCUGUGGAAUAUGACUUCCGGCGCAAGGAAGAGCUCGAUACAAGUCCAGGUAGCGGCGAGCAACCCGGAUUGAGUGUGUUCAAGCUAGAGGAUGGCGUGGUGUAUCAUACUUACUCGAGCUAUUACCGGUUGGAUUCGCUUGCCGGUACUUAUGUCUUCCUGGACCUGACGCCUGCUGGAAGACAGAUGGGCCCAAACGGACCCGCCGAGUUCAAGACCCCCGCCGAGUAUGAUGAGGAAAGUAAGAAGAGCGGCUAA